AUGACCCGUGGUCGCCACGUUCAUUGGGCACCUCUACAAACGGCAGACCCCCGCACGACUUCCACGGCCACGGACGCCGCGACUACAUCGUCUCUCUCGCCGCUAUCUUCACACCAAAUCCUUGCAUGUGUGCUUGCACAAUGGCGCGCGACAUCGCAGCAACUGGGCUCGACUCAGGAAUCAAUUUCUCGCAUGGAUGCAUUCUUUUCAUCUCUCCCUACCGACUUUGAUACCAUGCCACUCACUUGGAUGCUUGAUGGACGCACACAUCUUUUGGACGCUCUGCCACCAUCUGCUGUCCACAAGUUUGCUUCUGUCAGGACCCGCUAUGAAAAUGACUGGAGUCGCGUGCGCUCUCUCGAUUCAACGACGCUUGAAUCAUUAUGGGCGUCCGUUGGUUUGCCGGGUACACGCGCUGGUGCGCUGAACGAGCGGCACUUUGCAUGGGGCUGGCUCUGCACAAACUCACGCUGUGUAUACAUGGACUUGCAUUAUGUGAAGCACGAAGACAAUUUCACACUUGCACCAUUGCUGGACAUGGCGAAUCACACAGCACUCCGACAGAAGGAAUGCACCGUGCGCUACAGCGCAGUGGAUGGCAUGGAAUUAUGUGCUCCGCCAGAAUCGUCGCUCCAGGCAGGUGAAGCCGUUUGUAUUACAUAUGGACCCCACGAUAAUGCUACGCUGCUUGUCGAAUACGGAUUUGUUUUGCCACGAAAUGUGAAUGCAAACCGCCUGGGACUGAGCGACCAAGUCAACGCUGCCUCUUCGUGGCACGGUAAUCCACAUGCAAGUGUGUGGCUUGAUGAGGCUGUGGACAGGCUGAUGGAAAGUCAAGGCGCUGCUGGUGAAUGGAAGCGUUCUCUUUUGCAAAAAGAGGGAUAUUGGGGCGACUACACAUUGCAAGCGAAGCCUGAGCCGGCCCAUCCAUCCCACCGGCUCUACACGGCGCUGCGGCUCCUUAGCAUGGAAGUACAAAUGGGUGCAAACGACAAAACUGAUACGACGUCAACGUCUGCAUCCACGAAGAAGCGAUGCAUGGAGCGUGUCUAUCUCCCUGAAGAUGCCGAAAGAGUCUGGCGCCUUGUGACGUAUGGCGUGCGUGAUCAGCUCCCAGCUGCCAAUGAGCAGGUGGUGCGGCAAUUCCUAGUGACGCUAUGUCAUGAUACAGAUCACGAGCUUACCGCGCGUCUCACGCGACUGGACGGCAUGGACGAUGCUUCAUCUUGUAUGGUGCGAACAUUGCUGGUCGAAGAACGCAUGAUUGCGCGGAUUGUUCGAGCUGGCGUUGAGCGAGGCGAUGAAUGGUAG